AUGAGCUUCUCGGCCACCUUCGGGUUGCCAGGGAAGUGGUAUAAACCGGUCGAUGUGCAGCGGCUCCAUCUACUGGUUGGCGGGCCCAAUGCGCCCGUCAGCGAUGCUGACGGCGAUGGUGGGCAUGUGGUUGCGGAGAAGCUCCCGAAGUGGUCGUCGAGGAAGGCGAAGACUACAUGGAGUUUGGCAUCUCGCAGCGUCUUGCUCAGCGCCGGCGUCGCCUCCUCGAUUCGCCGUCGCCAGAUGUCAAAAGGAGGAGAAAGUUCGUCGGAGGCAGCCGUCCCGCCGGCCAAGAAGAUCCUGGUGUUCGGCGCCACCGGUGUCAUCGGCAAGGUCAUCACAGCCGCGCUCAUCAACGCAAAGGCCGAGUUCGCGCGCAUCGGCAUCUUCACCUCGGAGGCAACCUUCGCCGGAAAAGCGGCGCUUAUCGACGCCAUCUGCGAGGGCGGCGUCGACGUGAUUGUUGGCGAUGUCAAUAAUGAUGCCCAGGUUUUGAACGCGUAUCAAGCAUUUGACACGGUCGUGAGCGCUGUUGGUCGCAAUGCCAUCGACAAGCAGAUGAAUCUCAUCCGGCUCGCCGAGUCCUCAAGCACUAUCACGCGCUUCAUCCCUUCCGAGUACGGCACCGACAUCGAGUACAACGCCUCAUCAGCAGAGGAGAGGCCCCACCAGAAGAAGCUUCAGGUGCGGGCUUACAUCUGGUCCUCCGUGUCAAGAAUGCGGUACACGUAUCUCGUGACGGGUCCGUUCGCAGACAUGUACAUGGGCCCCAUGGCCCACGAGCCUCGCGCGGGAACCUUUGACGUAGUAAACAGAAAGGCCACGCUCCUAGGAGACGGAACCGGAAAGAUCAGCCUGACGACUAUGGCAGACGUCGGCCGCCUCCUCAUUGCCGUGCUCCUGCACCCCGAAGCGAGCGACAACCGCGCCUUGAAAGUAAGUUCCUACACCACGACACCCAACGAGAUCCUCGCCGAGUUCGAGCGCCAAACGGGAUCGAAAUGGGACGUCUCCUACACCCCCCUAGGGGACCUGCGGGGCCUGGAGAACAACGCUUGGCAAGAGGGCAGCCCAGUGGCGACUGUCUUCACGUUGCGGCGGAUAUGGACCGAGGGCAGCACGCUGUAUGAGAAGACUGACAACGCGGCGCUGGGGAUGGCGAAGAUGGACACCCUGGAGAUGUCGGUCCAGGAGACGAUCUGGAAGGCACACGGUUGA